AUGGCGGAUGGAUCUCUUCUAUGCGUGGUAACGAAGGCAAAAAGCAACAAAGGUGGUGACGGUGUAUUCGUCGUUAUCAAAAAGAAUACAGAAAUAAUCAGCUUGAGAUAUCAAGUGGCGGAAAGGCUUAAAAUACCAAUGCAAUCUCUUUCACUGAAGUUCAUUUGCGAAAGGGAAAAGAAAUUCAGUAUUUCAAUUAACAAUGACGAUGACUUAAAUUUGAUGUUCGAGUAUUGUCGGCGUAAUGGAUUUACAGACGCGAAUUUGACAAUACCGACAGAAAAUUCAUGGUGCGCAGAUACCACGUUCACCCAAACGUGUAAUGAUGAGCGUAUUCCUAAUGACAACCCCACCGGCGAUUCGAUCAUGCUGUUGGAAGACAUGCUUAAUCACCAAACAAAGAUCCCAACUGAGUGGCACACCUCCAUACGUGAAGUUGGUCAGAAAUUUGAUAGUGCUGCUGAAGUUAGAUUAGCACUUCAAUACUAUUCAAUUGCUAAAUGGUUCGAGUAUGAUUUUUACCACAAUGAACAAAGACGCAUAAGAGUCUAUUGCCGAUUCAAGCACACACAUGGUUGCCCUUGGAUGUUGUUUGCUUCCCCGCUCAGAAAUUCGUCUAUCAUGUCCAUAAAGAAUUUCGAGUCUAUCCACACCUGCGGUCAACAUGGAGCAAAUGCUGGCAACUCAAGGGCAUCAAGGAAGUUCAUUGCUAGCCAAACACAGGCUAUUUUGAAGAUUAGGCCAGAUCUACGUGCGGUUGAUAUCAAGAACGACAUGCUCUCUAAUUUUGACAUCAAGAUUAACUAUAGUAAAGCAUGGUGGAGCAAGGAGACAGCUCAACAGGACCUGUUCGGUGACGAUGAUGAGGCUUACGAUUCACUGAGAUGGUAUGAAUCCAUGGUGCAUGCAACUAAUCCAGGGAGUCGUGUUGUUAUUGAUGGUGAUGACGGGAGGUUCAGGCCUCUAUUGUUUUUAGAUGGAACAUUUAUUAAAGAUCGUUACAGAGACAUACUACUUAGCGCUAUUGGGUAUGACGGCAACCAAGAAACAUUUCCCCUUGCUUAUUGCGUAUGCGACCAAGAGAAUGAGGUUAACUGGAAAUGGUUCUUACAAGGAUUAUGGACGUUACUGUAUGAUAGGAAAAAUCCUUUCCAACCUCCACAUCGACUGGUAAUGAUUUCCGACGCCGACAAGGGUAUCAGGGUAGCAGUCGAGGAAUUCUUUCCAGAUGCAUUCCAUUCAAGGUGUGUUCUGUAUAUAGUCGAGAAUUUCAAAAGGAAAAUGAAGGAUUUUGGGCACAAGGCAAUGUUGGCCUUCUUGUUUUGA